UGUGCAGACUUUUGAAAUUCUCGCAGACUUUCGUCUAUAUUUACAGACUUUUGAAAUUUCCGCGACCUCUUUUUUUUUGCUCGCCAAAUCAGUUUUGCGUGUCAUACUUUAUAGAGAAAUUGCUGCCAGCAAGACAUACUUGCUGACUGCAGUUUUUUUUUCAGAUUUGCAGACCCUGUCUGCAGAUAUUUCAAAUUUUUACCUGGCAUCUCUGGCUAUAUAUAAAUUUGGGCUUUGGCAAUUAUCGAUUUUUUAAAUAUUCUUGUGAUUAUUAGAAGUAAAUUCCUAUACUAAGUGCAAAUGAUGACGACUAAUUACCGAAGUCCUGUGUUAUGUGAGCCACGUAUCUUUGGAGGUCAACAUACCAUUACUACUCCUGCUGGUCAUGUAACUUCUAAUCAGCCACCUCCUCUUCCUCCAAGACUGUUCCAACCAAUCAAUGGAACUGUGAUUGGAAAUGGGUACGGUAAUCGAUUCGGUAUGUCGACACAUGGUUAUUCCGGACCUAUUAAUGGAUAUGGAAUAUAUGGAAAUAAUAUAAUGAAUAAUAGUAUGUACGGCAGUGGCUAUGGAUAUAGCUAUCCAUACCCGGAAAAUCGAUUUAUUCAAAUGGCAGAAGAAAGUUCAAGGUCCACAUUUCGAAGCAUUGAAGCAUUAGUAGGAGCUAUCAACAAUAUUGCCUCCAUGCUCGAUUCUACAUAUUUCGCUUUAACAAGUUCAUUCAGAUCAGUUCUGGGAUUAGCAGCAAAUUUUGCACAUAUUCGAGGUGUUUUUGCUCAGUUUUGGACAUCUCUUGCUAUAUAUCGGUGGAUUGUAUGGUGCUAUAAAAAGAUUUUAUUUUUACUAAAGCUUACUAAAACUGAUACUACCAUAAACAGUUUUAAUGAAGCUUUCAAGAUAGCUGAAAACGGUCGAAAUACCAGCGAGCGAAAAGAAUCCUCUUUACCAGUAGUUCUAUUCCUUGGAUUCAUAAUGGCGGCUCCAUAUUUGUUAAUGAAACUAUUUGCUAGUUACGAUCAGGCCGAACAAAGAAUAAAACCGAGUACGUGGCAAAAACCCUUAAAAGCUGUAGCAAUGUUCAACUUUGAGGCAACGAAUUCUGAAGAGUUAACGAUUCGAGCGGGACAACAUGUUGUAAUUGCACCAAAAUCAAUACAGAUUGAACAAAAUCUUCUUAAUACGGGUUGGGUUCUAGCUUCGACAGACAAUACCACAUCAGGUUUAAUUCCAGUUUCUUACAUUCAGGGUUCCCAGUACAAAGAAGAUACAGAAGGAAAGACAGUUAAUAGUAAACAAGUAGAAAAUGUAUCUUAAGCUUAGCAAGACUUUUUUUAUCUAUGUACAUACACUAUAUCGCUCUAUACGUAUUGUCCAAACAAAUCAAUUGUGUUAAUAUUGUUUUCGGGUAAAAAUUGAUGGUUCGGGUGGAAAUAUGUGAUGAUAUAUCGGUGUGGAAAUCGCAAAAAUUUUGGAUAGAUAGAAUAUAUUUGCUUCUUUCCAAAUAAAUUUUGGAUUGAUAGAA